UUUGGCUCGCAGCACGGUCAGCGCCGGUCCAAAGGGCCCUCGACUUUUCAGGCCUUCGGCCAUGACGGCGCAGGUAUCACCGGCAGAUCUGAAAUCGCUGCCGAAUCUUCCUGGGUACACUUUCCCAGAGUACAAGGACAGCUAUGCAAGGGCGAACACCUGGAACGUGGUCAACGGCGUGCGAAUCGAGCAGAAGGAGGGGCUCUCCCAUGACAAGCCGAAGUUUGUGAAGGUGAGCAAAGUGCAGGACGUCUGGCGCAGCGGCUCGCUUCCGGACAGCCAGACGCGUGCGGUCUUCAAGAACGCCGGGGGGGACAUCCAGUUCCAAGAGCUCCCGGCCUGGGACGCCUUCGACCGCCACGUGCUGCGCUUCAGCGGCUACUUCAAGGAGUCUGUGGUCGAGACGAACCUGGAGAACUACCGUGUGCGGAAGGUGACGAUCUACUACUACUUGGAGGACGACACUUGCCAGAUCCAGGAGCCCAAGCAAGACAACAGCGGCAUGCCCCAAGGCCAGCUGAUUCGUCGCCAUCGCUUCCCCUCGGCGCAGGGCGGGUACUUGAAAGCUGAGGACCUGCGAGUGGGAGAGACCCUGCAGAUCUAUGGCAGGAGCAUCUUUGUCACAGACUGCGAUCCUUUCACGAGGGAGUACUUCGAGCAGGCGGGGGCGCCCCAGGGGCCUCCGGAGCCCGAGGAGACGGAUCCCUUCCAAGAGACCCGCGACGCCAUGAAGAGCCAUGCGCCAGUACAAGCCAGGACGUACGAGAAGAUGUACAGAGAGGUGAUGCUGGGCGGCGGCCACAUCAACGCGGACAUGCAGCAGUUCCUCGAGAAGGACAAGCAGGUGCUGCGCUUCUUUGCUGUGAUGGAUGAUGUCACCACUCCUCAGUUCGAGCGCCGGCCCUUCACCAUCAUGUUCUUCCUGGCGGACGACACCAUCGAGAUCCGGGAGCAGUACCCUCUGAACUGCGGAAGGGACAACUUCCCGAUCUUCUUCCGGCGCGGCAAGAUGCCGAUGGGCGCCUACAAGGUGGAGGGCCCUCAGGCGCAAGCGCGGAAGAAGAACGAGUUUGUUCAUGGCAACGACUUCAGGGUGAACAUGACAGUGCAGCUGUUGGGCAACUACUCCUUCUUCAUCUACGACGCAGAUGAGUUCACUAGGCGGCACUUCCAGCGGGAGCUCAACGAAGAUCUGGAUCCGCGCAUCGACGUGCGCUUGCCCGACCGCGCCGUGCCCAGGGCCAAGACUCCGCCCUACACGGGCUACGGGUCUUGGGACGACUCCAUGGGCUCGGUGACGCACCUCAUCCCCAAGGUGCCCAAGAAGG